AUGUUCUUGUUCUUCUCCGUGAACGUUCUUCCCUCCUGUUCCGAUGCUUCCACUGGAAGUAAUAGGAUACACGAAUCAAUGAAUCGAAAGCUCAUCGUGGCCACAGUCACAACCGACUCAAUUGUUGGUACUCCAAAGGUUCAUGUCAAAGAUUCUUCUCUAUUCCCAUCAAAAUAUAACGCGGAGUAUUCAAAAAUGGCGACUUUUUUUAUGGCUAGAAUGGAAAAAUUACAAUUCAGUGAUUGUACAUCUUAUCAUUGA